UUCAUUAGAAAAUUUUCACAUUCUCUGAAUCUUUUCAUUCUUCUUUAGCUAUGGCAAAAUAUCAUUACCACAUUCGAUCGACAAGUUUGCCAUCGACAUUUCAUCAUCCUCUAACAGCAAGAGUUGAAGAACAGUUGAACAAAAUCAGAGUAGAACUUAACGAAAACAAAAGCCUUGAUCAUUAUACGACGGAGAUGUUAAGAGAUGGGUUGUUUGGUCUUAAAGGUUUAUACGAAAGUGUUGAGGAUUUGCUUAAGUUGCCACAUACCCAACAAAUCCUGGUGAAGCAGUGUCAUGAUAAAUUGGUCGACGAGGUGUUGGAUGAUUCUCUUCGACUGUUGGACGUGAGUUGUACUACAAAGGAUGUUUUGUCACGGAUCAAAGAAGCUGCGCAAGAAACUCGAUCAGCUCUUCGUAGAAGAAGAUCGUCACCUGAAGGAGAAAUAGACUUGACAGGGAAAAAGAUAGUAGAAUAUUACAUGUCGUCCAGAAAGAAGACUAAUAAGGAGGUUCAAAAGUGUCUCGGUGAAUUAAAGAGAACGGCUGGAAAGAAGCAUGGUUUCUCAUGCUCAUCUCUCUUGUUAGAGAAGCAACAACAAGAUUAUGUUGCCGUUGUGAAUGUGCUAAAACAAGUAGGGGACGUCACGGUUACCUUAUACGAGUCUGUGUUGUCUAGGUACAAAUGUGCUGUACCAAAGACUAGUUGUAGUGGCUGGUCAUUGGUUUCCAAAUUGAUGAUCAAGCAGAACAGUCGCUUAAAAUCAGCAAAGGAUCAGGACGUACAACAACUUAUCAAGGGAGUGGAUGGCGUCGCACAAAAGCCUUUAGAAACGUUGGAAACAAGUAUCCAAAGCCUGGAGGAGGGACUAGAGUUGGUUUUUAGACAGUUGAUCAAAACAAGAGUGUCCCUUCUUAACAUCCUCUCAACAACCACUAACUAACAAUUGCUCGCAUAAUCUCAUCUAGCUUGAUCCAUCCAUUUGUAUAACCUGGGUUUUUUUUAGGGGAAAAGACAAAUGGAAAGAGAGAAUUGCCUAUGUAUGCUGAUACACUAUAUAUGUACAUGCAUAUAUAUAUUUGUGGAGUUACUUACCCUCAAUCUAAUAAUAUCAUUCUUUUUUUUCUUUUGAUUUUUUUAGGUUUUAUCAAUAUGUUAAUGAUGUACUUUCUGUCUAAUUGUCUUAUUAAAGGAUUCAUGUAUUAGCGCAACUCC